AUGACCCCUGCACUUAACUGUCCUGUUUUGGGCUUCCUCUGCAGCUUGGCCCUGCUAUGUGUGCUCCUGCCCCAGGAAGUGACAUCUGUGCCAUUUCCUCCAGGUGCUGCACGAACCGAAUGUCGGGGCCGCUACUUUUGGAUAUGGCUGGAUAAAGCCACUCUAGGCCAGAACGUGUGGCGCUAUGGAGUCUUCAACAACGUCGGCCAGCUCAUCCCUGUGACGGAGCAGGUCGCCUCCCAGUGCGGCUUCACAAGUGACACCGACCUGCACGGCAACCCAGAGAUCAGAGUCUCUUUCCUGGCCUGUUCCAUCCAGAAUCUGUUUGACCAGGAGUUCAGCUUGAAGCUACAGGUGGAGAUAACCAGUCCGGCGGACCUGACUGUGGCUUAUGACGUGUCCAUGACUUGCCCCCUUGGUGCCCCAUGGAGCCCCCGGGAAAUUGUCUGUGAAGAAAACUACAUGGAGGUGUCCGUCCGGCGUGCAGUCCCAGGCAUAGCGAGUGAAGCCUUGAAUGAAGACUGGAUCGCCGUCUGGCCCGUGGCACAGGGGGCUGUGAACCAAGUAUGGCAAGUGGUCUUCCGCUUCCAGAACGGCUCCCUGCAGAACAUGAUGGCCACUGAGGCCCACGCCUUGGGCUACGGGGUCAACACCACAGCGACCCGUGUCCUCUUCCGCACACCCUACGGCACGCAGCAGACGGAGGUCUCCAAGGUGCAGGGCCUGGAAGUGGCGGUUGCACGAGCUACCGUCUUCUACAAGCAGGCCUGGAUGAUCCUGAUGGUGGACACUGCCGUCGCCUGCCCCAUCAACCCUCCGGUCUUCACGGCCUCAGCGCUGAGCUGGGUGACUCCACGGAUCAUGCCGUCUCUGGUGAAGUUCCCAGACCUGUAUCGGGACGAGGCCGUCGAGAUGGGCCUGGAUGGGCGUGUGGUUGAUGCGGCCACCGUUGCGAGGAACGGGUACACCUUCCUGACAGACGCCAAGUUCGUCAGCAUCUCUGUGCCCAUUGGGGCCUCUGGAGGACUUACCCUGAGCGACGUGAUUGACAGCAGCUACGGCACGAGGUACAGCAUCAAGCUGCUGCUGGACCGCAGGUGGCAAGGAGACGAGAGUGACCGGACGCGCCACCGCAGCCUGAAGACCAUCCGCACGACCUUUGUCCCUCACGUGCCUGUGCUCAUCAACAACACUGUCCCAGAGAGAGGCUACUUUGAGGUCAUCUUGGGCAACUUCCUCCCCGAUGUGGAGCUGGUGACUGUGGCCAUCGGCGGCAAGCCCUUGACUCCUGAAGAGCUUGAGAGCCAUGGCGGCAAGCUGGCAGAAGUUCCCAAUCCCAACGGCACCAGGGCCUUCAAUCUGAUGGUCCCUUUUGACGAUCCUCUGGUACCGCAAGAGUAUCUGCAUGACAACAUCCGGAGAUAUACCUUGCCGCUGGUCUAUACGCUCAACCUGAUCCCCAAGAACAAGCCUUUCAUCUACCCUGCCGUCAUUGAAUGUGAAGUCCCUGAUGUUGUCCUUCCAACAGUUGUGGGCUUCUGUGAGGAGCGAAGGAUCAGUCUUGUGAUGACCCAUGGCAAUCUGGAUCGCUACUGGGUCCCGUACGUUGGGAAUCUGCGCUUGACAGCCGAGUUCGCUGCGUCCCAGAACUACACUGUGCAGGAUGAUGGCAGCCGCUUCUACUUAUCUGUCCCCCUCCUGGCAGCUGGCUUGGCAUAUGAGGAUAUCUCCCUUCAAGGCCUGACUGCCCGGCUAGACUUCAAUCUGAGGGAUAACAAGACUCUAGCAGCCAUAGUGAUCUUCCCAGUUUCUUGCAUCUUCCCUACUGGGAAACUCCUUGUGUGUUUCCCCAACGGCACGAUGGCAGCCACAGUUCUCCGCCUGGACACCAAACCCGCCUUGGACCCCAGGAGAACUCACCUACGCGACGAGAACUGCAGGCCGGUGGCCGCCGAUGAGUCCAGGGCCCUCUUCUCGUUCCCGGUCGCCACCUGUGGCACAACGCGAAGGUUUGAAGGAAAUUAUUUGGUGUAUGAGAAUGAAGUGACCUUCAAGCGAGAACUGAUUCCGGAAGCAAAGCCAGUUAUCACCAGGGACUCCCAAUAUAGCCUGACGCUGCGCUGCCGUUACCCCCUAAAUGAGACACUCAGAGUGUGGGCUCAACAACUCCUGGGGGGCGUGGUUACACCGGUGCCCUUUGCCCUUGGGGCCAGAGACCCUCUUGCGGCUUACCGGCGGGGAAGAUCCAUGGAUGGCUAUGUUUCCUUCCAGAUGGCAAGUCAUGUUUUGGCAGGUGAGGCCUUAACACCCCUCCGGUCCUGA